GCGAAGCGGCCCCAAAGGACCUUUCACCUGUCUGUAAACUUGCCGAAGUUCAUUCAGAACCCGGGGCUGCAAGUUCAGGAAAUGCUUGACUCUUUUAAGUGUCUGGGGCAGAGAAGAAGGCAGACAUCAGCCCAGGUGUGACGAUUAAAGAAAGCAGAGGUUGAUUUGACAGCCCGAAGAGUUAACAAAUCCAGAACCAACGCAGGAAUGGGGAGUAAACCACACCCCACCGGGGCGCGGAGCCCACUUGCUGGAGGAAAAUCCUAUUGGCAUUGGGGAGGCAAGGAGCCACCCCUGGGCGCGGCCUCCAGGGGGCAGGCGAUCGCCCGGGGAAGCGGGCACUGGGCGAGGCCGAGCCGGAGUCCUCCGCAGCUGCCCGCCGCGCAGGGCCCGCGCACCUCGCCGUGCGCCUCUGGACUCGCGCCCCGCGCCGACCUGUGCGCCGCCGGAAUGCCGCCCCUGGCUCACAUCUUCCGAGGGACUUUCGUCCACUCCACCUCAAUCUCCCCCAUGGAGGUGCUUCGAGAUCACCUCCUUGGCGUGAGCGACAGCGGCAAAAUAGAGUUUUUGGAAGAAGCAUGUCAGCAAGAAAAACUAGCCAAAGAAUGGGGCUUCAAAUCAAGUGAUGUGAGAGAGCUGGGCCACCAUGAGUUCUUCAUACCUGGGCUGGUAGAUACACACAUCCAUGCCCCUCAGUACGCCUUUGCUGGAAGUAAUGUGGACCUGCCACUUUUGGAGUGGCUGAAGACCUACACAUUUCCUACAGAGCAUAAAUUCCAGAGCACCACACUUGCUGAGGAAGUCUACACCAGAGUUGUGAGGAGAACAUUAAAGAAUGGAACAACCACAGCUUGCUACUUUGGCACAAUUCACACAGAUGCAUCCCUGCUCCUUGCAGAGAUUACAGAUAAAUUUGGGCAACGGGCAUUUGUUGGCAAAGUAUGCAUGGAUUUGAAUAACAGUGUUCCAGAAUACAAGGAAACCACUGAUGAAUCAGUCAGGGAAACAAAAAGAUUUGUGUCAGAAAUGCUUGAAAAGAAGUAUUCCAGAGUGAAGCCCAUAGUGACACCACGUUUUGCCCUUUCCUGCUCUGAGACUUUGAUGGGGGAACUUGGCAGCAUUGCUAAGGCCCAUGAGUUGCACAUUCAGAGCCAUAUAAGUGAAACUCUGGAUGAAGUUGAAGCAGUGAAAAACUUGUUCCCCAGUUAUAAGAACUACACAGAUGUCUAUGAUAAAAAUAAUCUUCUAACAGAUAAGACGGUGAUGGCGCAUGGCUGCUACCUUUCUGCAGAAGAACUGGACAUAUUCCAUGAACGAGGAGCUUCCAUCUCACAUUGUCCCAAUUCUAACUUAUCGCUCCACAGUGGCUUUCUAAAUGUGCUUCAGGUCCUGAAACAUAAAGUGAAGAUAGGCCUGGGGACAGAUGUGGCUGGUGGUUAUUCAUAUUCCAUGCUUGAUGCAAUCAGAAGAGCAAUAAUGGUUUCCAAUGUCCUUUUAAUUAAUAAGGUAAAUGAGAAAAGCCUCUCCCUCAAAGAUGUCUUCAAACUAGCUACUCUUGGAGGAAGUGAAGCCCUGGGACUGGAGAGUAAGAUUGGAAACUUUGAAGUGGGGAAAGAAUUUGACGCCCUCCUGAUCAACCCCAAAGCAUCUGACUCUCCCAUCGACCUAUUUUGUGGGCAUUUUACUGGUGAUGCUUCUGAUGCUAUUAUUCAGAAGUUCUUCUAUCUAGGAGAUGACCGAAAUAUUGAGGAGGUUUACGUGGGCGGAAAGCAGGUGGUUCCAUUUUCUAGCUCAGUGUAAGACCCUUGGGCAUCUGUCUACAAGGUUCUCCUGGGAUGACCUGGCUCUGUAUCUCCCUUGUGUCCAGGCAGGGUCAGAAAGUCAAAACCAGUACCUCAUUCUUGGGAUGAUGGUCUCUUUCUGUGUCUAGUUAGUGUAUUCACCUGGUAAAUUGUUUGAAGGAAGUGUACUUACUCUCAGCUCUGGCUGGCAGGUUCAUAAUUUCAUGAAAAUCUUUUGAGCUGUUCAGAUUGACUUUAAGCUCUAGCAAAAGAGAAUCCUAUUGCUAAUGGUGGCUCAUUAUGAGAAUGAAGUAAAAUCUUUUUCAUAUGUGGAAAUGCUGAGAAAAAAAGAUAUUUCUAUCUGGUUAGAUAUUUUGAGGUAUUAAGUAUGAAAAUUAUGGAACUGAAAAUGGUCCCAUGGGUAUAUUUUUAUGAGGGAGCAAAAGUUAGAUGGUGAACAAAUGUUGGAAAAUAACUUCAGAUUGUAUUUGAAAAUUAUAUCCAGAGCAUACCGAUUUUAAAAGGCAACUUACUGAAUUUCAAAAUGUAUUUCUAGAUUGACCUUGUGUUAGAAAUAUGCAUUUCAGAGACAUGUGAUUUUGUGUUUUGCCUUCUUUCAGGGAUGAAUAUCAGAAAUUGAAAGCCACAUGCUUUUUAAAUAUAGUUUUGUGCUUCAAAGUGUUUGACUUAGGAAUAUUAUUCAUAUAACCACAUGGCAUAAAUUGUUGUAUUUUGUGUACUUUAAAAUCAUCUUAAUUUGUAACUGUGUGAUGUUAUAAUUGCUUCAUUUUAUUAUAAGAGAAACAGAUUCCAUAAACCAUUGUUGUAUAGAUUUGCAUCUUCAUAAAUUGGGGCGAGUAAUUGGGUGUUGCAGAGCUGUAGAUGCUGACAGGACAGGCUCCUUUGCAACGGCCUAUUCCACCCAACACUAUGCUGUAGUUGCUGGAGAUGUUAUCCUCAAAUAUCAAUAUGCUAGAGCUUUAAAAUGAAGGACAAAUUAUGUUAAAAAUAUUAUUAAAAAUCUUUAAACUCUGUA